CAACUCAAUGGCAGUUGUAUGUACGGGUUCUGCGCUUUGCUUGGACUUUUUGUAGUGACUUCUGAACACUUUUUGUUAAUAUAAAUAUAUAAUCGUUGGCUUUUGUGGAUGGCGUAUCCUGUUGGUAGACGAUGACUCUGUAAUGAUGGUCGGGUCUAUAUUAUAAUAGCAGAAGUAAAGGUGUAUAACUAAACAAAUGACGUUCCCAGGUCACAAUCCUCACCUGUUUAGGUGGAGGAGGCUCGGCAAGAGUAAAACAUCUGCAGUCAAGACAUCGGCAUUGGCUCAGCCCUCAAUUUGCACACUGCGCCCACAGCUCAAGGUGUCUGAGCUUGGCUGGGCAUUUUCAAGCAGGCAAAGAUGCAUGUGAAGAAUGGUGAUAUCGAUCAGUGGAGGAAGCGUGUGGAGAUGGCUUCUGAGUUUGCUAUAUCUGAAGUCUUCUCCCACAAGAAACCUCAUCCAGGAACCAGCACCCUGGCUUUACCAUUGCAAAGCUCUGACCAGUUAAGAGACCAUGAUGACGCUUACAGUGAAGCUCAGGCUCUUCUUGGUGAUUGGCUGAGCAGUAAGUUGCGGCUGGAGCUGGAGAUAGAGGAGGACGAUGACCUGAUGAGCUCCGCUGAGAGGAGAAGCCCUGUUGCGUUGGCUAGUGCUCAGCCUGCUGCCCUGAACUACAGCAACUUUGAUGAUCUGUACAACUGUCUGGCUGAGGAGGAAGAACACAGCACUGUUAACAGCUUCCUACAAGACCUGAUGGAGCAAGAGGUGUUGGACUCUGGGGUGAUGGAGGAACUGGCACUGGAUGUUGGACAAACAAGGAAGAAGUUCAGAAACCCGAUCGUCACCAUGGAAGCGCGACACCUGCAGGUGCGGGAGAACAGGGCCCGGCGGGAGGCUGAGAGGCAGAGGCAACAGAGAGAGAGGGAGGCUCAGUGGGGUGCCAGAGAGGAGGCAAAGAGGAGGGAGCAAAGGGAGGAGACGAGGAAGAAGCAGGAGGCUCGGAGGCAGGAGGAGAUGGUGCAGCAGGAGAUGGUGAGACUGCGACGUCAGAUGGAGGAGAGGAGAGGCCUGGAACAGCUGGUUCGACAGAGGGAAAGGGAGAGAGUGGAAGGGCAGAGGGCAGCCAGAAGCCUCCAGUCAGCUCCUCCACUUCCCACAAAACAGCAGCAGCAGGAAACAGAGAGACUAUUUAAAGAACAGAAAAUUCAAACCAAAGUUUACAUGCAUAAUCUUAAGUGUCUGCAGAGGCAUUUCUCUGGAUGGUAUUCAGUGGUGUUGGACAGAAGGCUACGUUUGGGUAAGGCCAUGGCCCUCUGCGACUGGAAGAGGCAGCUGAGAGCAUGGCGAGCGUGGCGGGCAGUGGUGUGGGCAGAACAAAAGCAGCGAGAGGUGGUGAGAACAGAAGAGGAGCUACGAGUUGGAAACAGACAAUGCCAGCUGGCUGUGGAGAGUGACCGAAGGCGGUUGCUACGGCGAUGUCUGAAUGCGUGGCAGCUAUGGUGUCGGAUGGAGAAGGAACAACGACAGCUUCUGGCCCGGCAGCAGGAGACCCGGCGGAAGAUGGCUGCCCUAAUCAAUGCUGCAUCAACAGGCAAACUCAAGGCCACAGAAACCCAAACUUAUCAGCCAAUAAUGGCCCCUCUUGAGGCAUCUAACCAACCAGAGAGCAUGGAGAAAGAGAAUCACCACAGGUCAGGCACAUUAGCCCCCGACGCCUCUGCAGUACAUGAGAAUAAGACCCCUGUGGGUACUGUGGCCCAGCCCACUCAGCCAUGGCAGGUGACCCGACGCCAUGCAGCACCGACUGCUGCUGAGCUCCAUGAUGCACGGCAGAGAGGCGAGGGCGAUGGCUUUACCUGUUCAAAAAGCGCAGCGUCGCCGGGCAGCAGGUUUGAGAACAGACACGCCGUCCAACAGCAGAUCAUCACGCAGCAAAGGAAGCUGUUGAAGGAGCAGCAAGAGCAAAUUGCACGGCUGAAGGAGGAGCAGAGCAUGGCGGGCCUGGAGCUGGAAAUAGAGAAAACUGCACAGCUCACCCAGCUAUCAAUGCUAAGAGGCUUGAGACCAAAGAGCCACAGCUUUGAUCCCAGAGAGCAGAGGGCACUGAGAGUCACUGGAGAACCUGACAGUCUCUGUGCACCUCUGAGGAAAGCGGUCACACGCCAGACAUGCCCCCAUCCAAUCAUCACGGCUAUGGAGGCCCGUGCACGCCAACGCUCAGAGCGGAGGAAGGAAAUCAAGGAACUCAAGAGAAAGAAAGAAGAGGAAAAACUGGCUGAGAUGAAAGCCGCUGAGGAGCAGAGGCAGAGGGAGGAGGAGGAGGAGAAACGCAAAGCAGCAGAAAAGAAGAGGGAGGAGAAAAGGCAGGAAAGAGAGAGGGAAGAGGAAAAACAGAGGCAAGUGAAAAGGCAACAGGAGCUCCUGAAGCUGGCCCGUCAAUACUACCACAGAAACCUGCUGCUACGGCGAGGCCUGGCGCCAUGGAAAUGCCUCAUUCAGCUCAGACAAGCCAACAUGCAGCUGGCAGAGAGACACCACAAUCUCUUCCUCCUGAGGCAGUGCACAGUAGGCUGGCAGCAAUCAGCAAGCGAGUUCCUGUCUGAGAAAGAAGCUUCUGCGGACCAACUGUACCAGCACUUUUUGCUUCGGAGGAGCUUAAGCUGCUGGAAAAGGCUUAAGGACUGGCGGAUGAUUCAAGAGGAGAGAGCGAAGCGUUUCUAUCGCGCUCGCACUCUGAGGAGGUUUCUGCUGGCACUGCUGGACCAUGUGACCCAGGAGAGGUUGGUGGAAUGGGACCAUCAGGAGCUGGCCCAAGAGCACAAUAACAGACGGGUGCUGCGGCGAUGUUUCCUGGCCUGGGGGCAGCUUCCGUGUCUGCUGCGCAAGGAAAGAAAGAAGGAGGAGCGGCGGGAGAAGUUGGGGCGGAAAGUUACGGAGGUUCUGCCUGAUUUCUGCUCCUAUCCACUGUAAAGCCCCUGGGAGAAACCGUCACUGUAGGAGACAAACUGCAUACCCAUACAGACACACAAACAUCUCAGAGGACAUGUGUAUGCAUACAAUUACACAUUUAUUUAAUAUAAAAUAAAUUAAAUUCAUUUCAUACAAGCACACAACUGGACCCAUAUAUUUUUUGGGAUACCAAAAAAAAAAAAAAAAAAAAAAAGCUAAUAAAAGCAGCGAUAGUGGAACGCACUACUCAA